GACGUCACAACGCCCAGCUAAGGUAGGUCUCUUUCUGCUGCUGCUCGACUGAUUCAUAUCUUGAGCACUGCGAGCAAUCCAUCCCGCGAGAUACAAUGCAACGCUUAAAACGACAGCCGACUUCGCCUCUUCCUCCUCCCCGGCCUUCUGCACCUGCAAGACUCCAGCCUGGGAAAUGCCCCGCCUACCAAGCCAGGUGCGCUGGUCGACUCCCCAACCUCGCCCGUCUAGCUCAGGAGAGGCGUGGUUAGGCGAUCCCGGGCGUCGGCGGAAAUUACCGAAGAGGUGGAAGGAGGCGGAACGUGCCGAGGGAUCCCGAGCGGCUUCGGCAGGUAGCUCCGGGAGUGGAGCUGAGCAGUCAAGUUUGUCCUCUCCGGGAACUGCGCCGGACGGCGUUGAAUUUCAGAGGCGGAGGUCUUUGUGCCCAGCGGCGUCAUGGGAGCGUGCCUCGGGAUCUGCUCUGUGCUGAGCUGCGUGUCAUGUCUCUGCGGUUCUGCUCCUUGUCUCUUGUGUGGCUGCUGCCCCUCUACAAAGAACUCCACAAUCACUCGCCUGAGCUUUACCUUGUUCCUGUUCCUGGGCACAUUGGUAUCUAUUAUCAUGAUUAUCCCUGGAGUAGAAGCAGAACUCCACAAGCUUCCCGGGUUCUGUGAAGGAGGCAAUUUACUUCUAGGUGCUCAAGGCAAAGUCAACUGCAAGUCAUUCCUGGGUCACAAAUCAGUAUACCGCAUGUGCUUUGCAACAGCUGCCUUCUUCUUCCUGUUUGCCUUGAUGAUGAUCUGCGUAAGAAGCAGCAAGGACCCAAGGGCCUCAAUACAGAAUGGGUUUUGGUUCUUCAAGUUCCUGAUACUGAUUGGAAUAACAGUGGGGGCCUUCUAUAUUCCCGAUGGCUCAUUCACAUCCGUUUGGUUCUACUUCGGUGUGGUUGGUGCUUUCUUCUUCAUCCUCAUCCAGCUUAUCCUGCUGAUUGACUUUGCGCACUCCUGGAGUCAGAUUUGGCUACGCAAUGCGGAUGAAGGCAAUUCCAAAUCCUGGUAUGCAGCCCUUCUCAUCUUCACCUUCCUCUUCUAUGCUGUCUCCAUUGCUGCUGUGGUGCUGCUCUAUGUGUAUUACACGAAACCGGACAGCUGUACAGUAAACAAGGCACUAAUCAGCCUUAACCUAAUAUUCUGUGUGGUUGUUUCCGUGGUGUCCAUCCUGCCCAAGGUCCAGAAUGCCCAGCCUCACUCAGGCCUGCUGCAAGCCUCCAUCAUUACACUCUACACUAUAUUCAUCACCUGGUCAGCCAUGGCAAAUGUCCCAGACAAAUACUGUAAUCCAACCCUUUUGAUACGAACGGAGGGCAACGGCACCAGCUCUGUUCCUGCCAACGGACAACUGACUCAGUGGUGGGAUGCCCCGAGCAUUGUAGGGUUGGUCAUCUUCAUCCUCUGCACGUUCUUCAUAAGCAUCCGUUCCUCUGACCACGCCCAAGUGAACAAGAUGAUGCUGACGGAGGAGAGCCCGGCUAUGCUCGGGGGUGGUAACACUGACCCUGAAGGUGGGGUGCACCGGGCUUAUGACAAUGAAGAGGAUGGCGUGACUUACAACUACACUUUUUUCCACAUCUGCCUAUUCUUGGCCUCCCUCUACAUCAUGAUGACACUCACAAACUGGUACAGACCUGAGGAAAAUCACCAGGUCCUGACCAGCCCUUGGACUGCAGUCUGGGUGAAGAUCUCUUCCAGCUGGGUUGGGCUUCUCCUCUAUGUGUGGACUCUGGUGGCCCCCAUUGUGCUUCCAGAUCGUGACUUCAGCUGAAGGCUCUCAAGAGCAUUGCACCAUUGAGUCAGUGCAAGCAAGAAAUGUAUCUUGCCAUUGGAGAGGAAAAAAGGAGAAUCUUUGUUCCUUUACUUGAACUUGAAAUAUGGGCUCUGGUCCCUAUGAAUACCAAAGCUGUUGACUUAAUCUUUUUUGCCUUGUUGCUGUUUUGGCUUCCAGACAGAUCUGCCACAUUUGUGCCUUUUCUCUGUUUUCUUUUUCUUAAGGAAAAGUAUGUUAAGCAAAGGGGAUGGGUACACUUGUGUGUGAUACUUAACACAUAGGUCAAUGAUUUUUGGGGUGGGGGGGCGGUACAGAUUUGGUUGCUGUUGCUCGUGAUGACUUCUAAGCAUGUUGCGAAAUAAUCUGAAGCCCCUGAAACAUGGCUGACCAUUUAUUUUUCUAAACAGCAUUCAAUGGAGGAAUAACUUUUAAUGUAGCUGUUUACCAGCCUGCCUUGUUACGGACUGCCUUUUUAGAUAAAUCAGUUCAUUUUGAUAUGAAACUUUGUGUAACUUGGGGAAGUUUAAAUAAAUGAACAGCUUUGAGUGUAAA